CCUCUGAUCUGAUAUAUCCCCAGCAGAGCAAGUUAAGUAUCUUAUUCACUUGCUCUUUUUCAUUUCAAUCAUAUUAGUAUUUAAUUUCACAAGUUCUGGAAUAACUCAAGUUCUCAACACACUUCAUACAUUACAUUACUGUUUCUAGUAUAAAACAAGAAAGGAAUUUCCGUAAAAAAUAAACAAGUUGAAGUCGGCCAGUCGUUAUGGCCAACUUCACUUAAUCGUGGUUGUUUUUGUGUCCCUUUAGCAUUUCUUGGGCAAAAGCUCUCCCCAAAGCCGCAAUGGUGGAUGAGUGGUGAGUCUGCUGUCUCUUGCUUUUUAUUUCACACAACACACACGCUCACACACAUACUCAUACUCACCAUACAAAUACCAGCAUAAAAAUACAUACAAUCUUUAUUUCUUUCUCUCACUUCGUCUCGUAAUCAAUGAGACAAUCAGAACAGUGUGUGUUGUAUUGCUACUUUACUAAGUAAAUCCGUAACAUCAUGUGAAUCAUUACUGUCUCUUUGUGUAUGAGCAUGUUGUAAAUAGAAAGCCAAGUACAGAUUGACUAUCGUGAGUGUAUAUCACGCGUGUGAAUCCGCGGAUGCCUCGCCCGAAGGAUAAUCUAACUUGAAAUUUUACGUUACACUUGUCAAUUUAUAUCAAGUCCCGGUUGAAUUCCUAGAGGUGACAGUCAUAACUCAGACACGAUUGUAAUGACAAUGACCGGAGGGAACAUGUUAAGAUGUUAAGGUUCAUUAAGAGUCUAAUGUCGUUGUACUCAGACAAUCGCCGUCUACUUAAAUCGAAUCAACAACUACCUUACAUUAUUUUUUACUCUUCUUCAUCGUCAUCUUUUAUACUUUAUCUUUGCUACAUACCGCAUUUAAACCAGGCCGCCGGUCAACAAACUUAUUGCAAUAAACUAACAAAUCACUAUGGCAAUACUAAAAAUAGAUAGACGAGGAAAAAGUCACGUUGAAAAAUUUAAAUAAUUGGCCAAGUUGCCGAUAGUCAAAGAGGACAAUACAAGAGAUCAACAUGAUGCAGGAUCAUGGUCAUCAGUCAAGCAGAAAGACACUGGUAGCCUCGCCAGAAGUAGCGAUGGCGAGUGAGGUCUUUGAUCUCUUCUGCAAUGCCGCAACAUUAAAAUCCAUUCUUGGACACUUUCGGCAUCUUUGCGAUCUUCUUAAUAUGCGGCCUAAUGCUUUUCCACAAUUUUAUCCCAAGUUCAAGUCGAAAUUGAGGUCAUGGAAGGCUCAAGCGCUCUGGAAAAAAUUCGACCAACGAGCUAAUCACAAAUGCUAUAAUAGAGGCAAAGCUUGUCCUAAUUCUAGAGUACUGAUAAUCGGUGGUGGUCCAUGUGGUCUAAGAGCAGCAAUAGAAGCUCAAUUAUUGGGAGCUAAAGUUGUAGUGGUAGAAAAAAGAGAUCGUAUGUCUCGAAAUAAUGUUCUUCAUCUUUGGCCUUUUGUAAUUCAAGAUUUGCGGGCUUUAGGAGCAAAAAAAUUCUUUGGUAAAUUCUGUGCUGGAUCAAUAGAUCAUAUAAGCAUACGUCAAUUGCAAUGUAUUCUUCUAAAAGUUGCUUUAAUUUUGGGAGUUGAAUUUCACGAAGGCGUAAGUUUUGAUGCUUUAAUUCCACCGCCUGAAAAUCAAGAUGAAGGAAAAAUUGGUUGGAGAGCUAAAACUACACCUCAUGAUCAUCCAGUAUCUCAAUACGAAUUUGAUGUGCUUAUUGGUGCUGAUGGAAAAAGAAAUACACUAGAAGGUUUUAAAAGAAAAGAAUUUCGUGGUAAAUUAGCAAUUGCGAUAACCGCGAAUUUUAUCAAUAAACGAACUGAAGCAGAAGCACGUGUUGAGGAGAUAAGUGGCGUUGCUUUUAUUUUUAAUCAAAAAUUUUUUAAGGAAUUAUAUCAAGAAACAGGAAUUGAUCUUGAAAAUAUUGUUUAUUAUAAAGAUGAUACCCAUUAUUUUGUUAUGACUGCAAAAAAACACAGUCUUAUUGAUAAAGGAGUUAUUCUUCAAGACCAUGCAGAUACAGCGAAAUUAUUAGCUAAAGAAAAUGUUGAUAGAGACGCAUUAAUGCUUUAUGCUCGAGAAGCAGCUGAUUUUUCAACUCAAUAUCAAAUGAUGGAUAUGGAGUUUGCUGUAAAUCAUUAUGGGCAACCAGACGUUGCAAUGUUUGAUUUUACCUCAAUGUACGCUGCUGAAAAUGCAAGUAGAGUUAUAGAAAGACAUGGCCACAGAUUAUUAAUGACUUUAGUCGGCGAUAGUUUACUGGAACCUUUUUGGCCAACUGGUUCAGGUUGUGCGAGAGGUUUUUUAAGCUCAAUGGAUGCCGGUUGGGCCAUCAAAGGAUGGGGUGCAUCUUUAUCACCAUUAGAAGUGCUUGCAGAGCGCGAAUCAAUUUAUAGAUUACUUGGGCAAACAACACCAGAAAAUCUUAACCGUGAUUAUGCUGCUUACACAUUAGAUCCACACACUAGAUAUCCCAAUCUCAACGUUAGAUCUGUUUCAACUAUUCAAGUACGAGGACUUCUUGAUACUGAUGAUCCUGACAAUAUUAAACCACCAUCUGUCCAGUCUUCGGUUGAUGUACCAAAAAAACGAAGACGCAGAGAUACCCAAAUCCACCCUGAUACACUUUUGCACUGGUUGCAAAAACAAGUGGCUUUAUAUGACAACGUUAAAAUAACAGACAUGACGUCAUCAUUCAAAGAUGGUAUGGCAGUAUGCGCUAUUGUUCAUCGAUAUCGACCGGACUUGAUAGACUUUAAUUCUCUCAAGUCUGAUGAUGUGGAAAAAAAUAAUCAAUUGGCCUAUGAUGUACUAGAAAAAGAGCUAGGUAUUUCACCGAUAAUGACAGGUGAAGAAAUGGCCCAGUGCGAUGUUCCUGAUAAACUUGCUAUGUUUUCCUAUCUUACUCAAAUAUAUGAGGCUUUCCGCGGUGAAAUACCUCAUAUAAAACAUCCAAAACUCGAACCGGAAAUAGAUGAUAAUCCAUUGUUUAAUAAACAAUUGGGACAAACACUUGGAACAAAAGUACAACUCAAUCGUUUACCGAAACACGAAACACCAAUACGACCGAGACACUCGCGUUUUUCACGUCACAACAAUGAAAAUAUUCAAGCAAUUGUGGAUAAAAAAACUGAAGGAAGUCUUGGAAGAAGAUCUCGAAAACGACGUAGUAAUGAAAAAAUGGGAGCUACGGUCGAGGAGAGACAAAAGAGACUAGAGGACAUUGUGAACAAUCGGAAUGAAAGAAUGAGAAGAAAACGAUUUUUAAGAAAAAUGGCAACUCAGCAGUUCUAUAAAAGCUUACAGAUGUUGCAAGCUAAUGCGAAACGCGAUAAAGAAGAACCUUUUGAAGAUUACUCAAUAUUUUUAUAUCGGCAAACAGCACCCGACUUCAAGGAUCGGGUCAAAGAAUUAGAGCAGAAAAUACUUUACCCAGAUAGGGAACCGAAAAUGCUUUUACAGCAUAAAGGUGGCAUGGAUGAUGACUUUUCUGGUAGAAUUAAAGAUAUAGAAGAUAAGCUUCGGGGGACUACAUCCUCAGAGAAAAAACCUCGAGAUCUUUUACGAGCUAUUGGUAAAAUUGAAAAAACCGAUUGGAAUGUGAAAGAAAUUGAAAAAAAAAUUGAAGAGAAUAAACUUGGUAAAGGAGUACGGCAAGAUAAAGUAGAAAGAGUUCCAAAAUGGAGUCGGGAACAGUUUCUUGCUCGUCAAAUAAAAAUGGAAAAAAAAGGUCGUGAUCCAAAUGAACCCGAACGUAAAUAUGCUGAAAUCGAUAAUACAUUAAAAUGUAUCGACCGAAAAAUUAAAGAAGGUAAUAUCUUGGGACAUAAUAAAGUAUCUGCAAUGGCAGAGCAAUUUGCUAAUAAAAAUCAAGAUACUGAACAAAAAGUUCAAAGAUCGAAUUCUAAAGCUGCAAUUAUUCUGCCAACACAGGGAGGCUCGGAAAUGUGCCAUUUUUGUGAUAAAAGAGUAUAUUUAAUGGAGAGAUUGACUGCCGAGGGUAAAUUUUUUCAUCGGGGCUGUUUCCGAUGUGAAUACUGUUCAACUUCUUUACGCAUUGGAAAUCAUACCUUCGACAGGGAUAAAAAUGGUGGUCGUUUUUAUUGUACUCAACACUUUGGAUUACCAGGAACAAUAAAAACAAGAAUAGAAAGGAAAAAACUUCCGUUACUUAAUAAAGAAAAUAUUCCGGAAACUUCUGAAAAGAAGAAACUAACAGUAGAAAAGGUACACACAUUAAAACCACCGUUGGAUGGAGUAGCUGGCUUAGAUCUUCUUGAUCGUGGACAAACACCUGAGAGAAUAGAAUUUGAGAACUUGGCAGAAAUGUCAGAUGCCGAAGAGGCGCAUAGUCAAAUGGAUGAAGAUGAAUGGACAGAUAGAAAUUUUGGUGCUUCAGCUGCAGAAAUGGGAUCCAGUGAUGAUAUUUCAGAUAUGAGUGAUUCUGAUGAAGAAAACGAAAUCUACGAAGAAGCAAUUGAUCAGCCGCUGACAACAGAAGGUACAAUUGAACUCGCAAAAAACUGGACCCUGAGGUACUCUCACCCACACACGGCAACCGGAAACUCCGACACCGGUAGCAACGAGUACGAAGAUUCUAGUGAUGAAUAUACAAGCGAAGACGAAGAAAGUGGCACAGCAACCGAAGACGAAGAAGACGUACGUGCCAGGGAGCUGAGGAAGCAGGAGGUGUGGCUGAAGGUACCACCGCGGGAGUCCGACACGGAGACUGGCUCAGAAACUGAGGUCGCAUCAGAUGAAGACUCAAGUGAAGAUCGUCGUGAAAAUUCAGCAACUGAAAUUUCGACGGAUUCAGAAUUCGAACAUGAUGGUACAACUCCAACACAAAAUGAACUUCCAGAGAUAACAAUAAAUGAUUGUUUUAUACGUAAAACACGUGGUCAGUAUGUUGAGCCAAAGAAAGUACAAGUAAAAAGUAAAAUAAUAUCUCCGGUUAAUGGCAAAAUAAAACCGGAUGAAAAACAUGAAACUGGUUCUACAAAUAAAACAAGUAUUAUUAAAACAAAUAAUUUACCUGUACGACCAGUUAAUGUUAAUGCAGUGCCUUUAGUAAAUCCACGUAAAGGUGAUUAUUUAUUGAACCGUACUCAUUCAACUGAAGGAAUUGCUUCAAAAUUAUCACUGGAAUUGAAAAAAAGAUAUUUAUUAGGUGGAUCAGUAUUAGGUGGUACUGUUAUGAAGUCUGGAUCAACGUCAAAUGUCGAUACUAAAUUACGAAAUUUGACUGAUUCUAUUUCUCAAUAUCAAAAAUUAUUAAACCCUGCGCCUGAGCCUAGUCCUACUAUGCAAGCGUUUUUGCAAGGCACUAAUAAGUUAAGAUCCACUUCUAAUAUUCCAUUAUCUCCUAUUGCAUCGACAGAAAUAUUAACUAGGUCUCCAUUGAAAACUAUUAAGUUACCAGAAAUAAAUACUGCUAAAGAGCACACGAAUAUUUCUUUGCCAGAUUUAAUCAAAGAAACGAAUAUCAUGAAAUCUAAAACAGACCCAAAUAUUAUUUGCACUGGACCUGUAAAAGAAGUUAAAGAAAUUGAUAUUAAUAAAAAAGAAGAUAUAGAAGAAAAAGAUGUAAGUGAAGUAAUAAUCAAAGAGCAAGUUCCAGAAACUCGCAAUGAACAAGUAAACAAAAAUGAAAAGAUCGGAAGUAGUUGUGGUGUUAACGAAGAUUCUCAUUCAAAACAUUUUUUACACGAAGCAUCUGCUGAUGCCCUAGAAGUAAAAUGGAGUAAAGUAUCAACUGAAAAACAAGAAGAUGAUAAUAGCAGUGAUGAUUCUGAAAUGGAUAGCGAUUCUCUUUCAUCCAAUUCUAAGAGUGAUGCAAAUAAAGAGAAAAAUAGAGACAUCGAAAAUAAAGAACUUGAAAUAAAUUUAUCAUCUCGAUCACAAAUUCACAGCACGCCAGAAAAUUUGUUAAUUGACAAUCAAGAUGAUAAAUUUAAAGAAGAAGAUAUGGCAAUGACAUUCGAACCAGAUUCUAUAGAAUGUUUUUUAAAUGUCAGAGAUGAAAUGAAAGAAGAAAAAAUUCAGAAUCCAGAACCAUCAAGACCAAUAAAUUUGUGGUCACGUUCAUCAAAUGAUGAUAAUAAAAAUUCAGUAUACGAUAUAGAAACAGUUAAUAAUAAUUUUAAACAUAUAGAUUUAAAAGAAAAUCGUUCAAGUAUCAGUAACUGCAGCAGUCCAACAUCAAUGGCCUCGAUUAUUUCAAAUAAACAAGAUGAUUCUGUAGAAAAUGAUGUAACAACUGCGGCAUUAACUGAAACAGAAUUUUCCGAAUGGGCGCGAGAUGGUGAAGAAUUAGUAGCCGCGGAUUUAAAAGAUGCUGAGUUUGAUAUCAGUUCGAGAGGUAAUUUGUCAUUAAAUAAAUUACGAGGUAAUGCGAGGAUUGCUAAAGAAGAAGAAGAUUUAACUGAUAUCGAUACAUCGGAACGUAUUUUUAGUUAUCCAGAUCGAACAGAAAUACCAACAAAUGACACAUCAAAAUUGUUAGUUAACGGUGAAGACCUCGAUUAUAUGGACACAGAUAAUGAAUCUUUAUUAGAUAGUUUACGAGAUGCAACAAACAUACCGUUAAUUAAAAACCGUGGGUAUGUUGAGUUCGUAAACGUAACUGGAAUAUUAUCUUCAAGUCCUAAAAAAUGUCGAUCGCCACAUGUUGACGCCCCGAUAGCUAAAGCAGAAGCUGAACCAGAACUAUGUUCCGAUGAGGAUAAAUAUGAUGACAAUGUUAUUAAAAUAAAUCUUGUAACUGUUGAUGAUGUGAGAAAUCGUUUGAGUAAUUGUACAAUUAAACCAGAACAAAAAGAUAAUGAUAAAUCAAAAGAAGAAUCGUUGAUAGUUGAAGCUAUUAAUCACGAUGUCGUACAGUCUAUGGACGAAGACAGUUUGUUAGUUGUUGAACCUGCGGAAGAUACAACGACUAGUGAACUUACAACAAUAUUAGCUAGUCCUGUAGGUCCUGUACCAGAAAGUCAAAUCAUACAAUCAAAAGUUAGUAAUGAAAGUUGUAAAUUAGAAGAAAAUAAUCCCGAUUAUCUUGAAUAUGUCAAACGGUUACAAUCUAGAAUUGCGGAAUUUAGUAAUGCUAAGGAUUCAAUAGAUGUAAGAAAAUCUAAACGUAAAAAUUCUAAAAACGCAUUGCAAGAGCGUUCAGCUGAAAUUAUUUCUGAAGAAAUAAAAAGUCAAGGGGCUGGAUCUAAUCAAAGUUAUAACUCACCUGCAACAUCAAGAAAACUUGAAGAAAUAACUCGAGAACGUUCUAAACAAAAAAAUCUUAUUCAAGAUUUAUUGAUGGAUAAAAUAGAAGCACAUAAACAAAAAUCUGCUGAAAAAAAAGCUAAAAGAGCUGCUAGAAAUGCAUCAUUUAAUUCAGGCAUGCAAUUAUUUUCUCCAAAACCACCUCUUGAUUCACCCGAACCAUCAUUAAAUCAGUCAUCAAUUACAACAUCUGCAACGAGCACUCCAACGCGUACAACUUUUGCUGAAGCAAAAAAAUCUCUUGAUACUCCAGGGGCAAAUGAAAAACAAUUUGAUGCUAAAAAAUCACAAGAAAGUUCUAAUAAUGAUACUAUACAUAAAAAAUCACAGGGAAAUAUUUAUUCAGAUGAAAACAAUUCGGAUAAAAUGAGUAAAAUGAGUGAAAAAUUCAAAACUCCGAUUGCACCACCGAGAUCUAAACAUGAGGAAGCAAGAAGAACUGCUGAAAAAGCUAAGCAAGAAGCACGAGAAAGAGCGAGAUUAAAAAGUGAUGAGGAUUUAGGUUUGAGUCCUGAAGAUAGAAUAAAACAAUUGCGAUUAAAGGUAACACGAAGACAAUUGUCAAUGGAAGAUAGACGAAAAUGUGAAAAUGAAAUAAUUCCUGAUUUAAAAACCAGAGCUUACAGUUUUACUUUUCAAAAAUCUGAAUGUUUAUUACAACCAAGUAAAAGUACUGACAAUAUGAAAGCAUUAGCAAAAAAAAUGGCUAUUGAUCUUCCACCGGCAACUAGUGCCAAGUCAAUGAGUGAACUCGUUUACAAUAAAGAUUCUGAUGGAAAAAUUUCUUUAGAUACUGUUGUUAAACGUGAUAAGAAAAAAACUAAAGAUCCAGAAAGAAGAAAAAGUAUUAUUCAAGCUGUGUCUGAUUUUUUUAAGAAAAAAGAUACAACUUCGUCGCCAACAAGCCCAAAAGACAAGACUUCAGGGUUCUGUAGGCUGACUACUAGAUUGAAAGAAAGAGGAAAGAUUGACAAAUUAAAUCGUAAAUGGUUUUCGGAUGAGUGCGAUAUUGACAAAUUAGAUCGUAAAUUUGAUGAACGGCCUAAAAGUGUUUGCGAAGCAAUGCUUAUUGAAAAUUUACCGUUCGAAUCAUCUCCGCCUGUACCACCACCUCCACUUAAUUAUCCUGAGUGUACAGUACAUAUUUCAGCAGAUGAUAGUUUAUCUGAAGAAGAUUCAAAAAUGACGUCACUAUCAUAUUCACAAUUACAAAAAAACGCAAACGUUGACGGAUCAUGUAAUAGUAUAUCACGUAAAUUAAAAAACACUAAAAAAUUAGUUCGUCAAGCUCAAUUAAAGCGUUUGAGAACGGCGCAAGAAAUCCAACGAAAACUCGAAGAAACAGAAGUUAAACAACGUGACUUAGAAAGCAGAGGAGUAAGUGUAGAAAAAGCACUUCGUGGCGAAGGAGAAUCUUCUGGACGUGAAGAGACUGAUUUAUUAGGCGAGUGGUUUGAUUUGAUGCGAGAACGUACUGAGUUACGUCGUUAUGAGAAAGAACUUUUGGUUCGAGCUCAAGAAGUUCAAUUAGAAGAUCGUCACGACAGAUUGCAACAAGAAUUACGUGAAAGAUUAGCUGACGAUGAUGAAAAAAAAACAUCCGCAGAUGUUAAAAAAGAAGGAGAAAUAUUAACCGAAAUGUUAGAAAUCGCAGCGAAACGGGACUCUCUGAUAGCGCUACUUGAAGAGGAACGACAAAGGUGGCGUAGACUCUCGUGUCCAACAUUCAUUGCACAUUAUUGCACAAGCUCUAAACAAUCCAUUAACUCUCGUACACUUAUUUCAAUCCUACACUCACCAAUAUUUAUUUUAACAAUAAUAAUAAUCUUUAUUUUUUUUUUCUAUCCCGUAGAUAUUUUUUUGUCUUACUAUUUCUAAUCAAUGAGUUUUUUUAAAUUAUUUUACACUAAUUUAAAUGGAUUGCUUGAUGGUCGUGGAUUCGCAUGCAUGGUUUUAUAAUGUUUUUGUAAAAAAAAAUCCAAUCAUUUUAUAACUUUUAAUUUGUAAAAAAAAAAAAAAAAAAAACAAUUUUUAGUCAAUGCAUGUCGUGAUAUGCAAAGCAUCGUGUCAAGUUUUAGUGAUAGAAAAUUUUAUUUAUCGUUGAUAUUUAAAUUUUUAAUUGGACUGAUUUUUUACGUGCAAUAUUUAAUUUUUAUUGUAUUGUUUGUAUUAUUAAAUUCUUCUUUUUUUAAUAAUUAUAAAUCAUUUAUCAAACAUUGGAGCAUUUUCAUUUUUCAAUGGUUUCGAUGCAUGCCUUGUUACUUUUUUUUUUUAUGCGCAGAAAAUUUAUUUAUGUGACAUUUGGAUGAAUUUGCUAUGAAAAUAAUUAAAGGAAUUGUGUUAUUAAUUUUUAAGAUUAAUGAUAUUGAUUUUGAUGUAAAAAAGGCAAAGUUAUGUUUAUGUUUUCAUUUAAAAAAAUGUUUAUGCUUCAAGAAUGAUUAUUUUAUUGAUUUUGUAAAUUAAAUAAUCACUAAAUUAUUUAUUUUGAGCAUUGAAAUUUGAUUAAUAAACUAGUCUAAAAUGUUUGUAACAAUAAUGAAUAUUUA